AUGUCGGAUAUGGAUGAAGUGAAAGAGCGUUGUCCAGAAGGAAUAUUACUUGGCUGCGGGAAUCCGUUGCUUGACAUUCAAGCUCAAGUGAGUCAUGAUUUUUUGGAGAAGUGGGACAUGAAGGAGAAUGAUGCUAUACUAGCCGACGAUCAGCGUAUACCCCUGUUUGAAGAGCUAGUGGACAAUCAUGAAGUGUCAUUUAUACCAGGUGGCGCUACGCAGAAUGCCCUUCGUGUAUGCCAGGUUAAUUCUUGA